UUUAUUUUUCCUCUACCAGCACCACACCCUGAAGAAAGUCUGACACUGGAGACUCCUUCCAUUCCUGUUAAAUAAUCACCCUAUCUACAGGGAUUAAAGGGAAAACUUUUGCUUUCGAAUCGAAGAUUAUGGUGCCGUCGGUUCAGCUCGUGACCAAUCAGGGGACAGAAUUCAGCAGCGCUGCAGUAUAAAUGCGGAAUGAAUCACACACACACACACCAUAUGAAGUGUUUUGAACAGCGGUGACUACAUCUAUUUAAAGAAGAAGAAGAAGAAGACACCGAGGAAAGAAAAGAAAGGAUAAUUGUUGUUAUAAUUGUUAAAAGAGAGAGAGAGAGAGAUGUGAGAAUGAGCGCCGUGUGCUCGAGCUACUACACCGCGGAGCAGGAGCUCGUGCGCGCCUUCACAUGCCCGAGAGCCGGCGGCGACGAGCGCGCGCAGUUCUGCUGUGGCUUCAACGACGUGAAAUACUGCUGCGACGAUCCCAACAGCUUCUUCCCAUACGAGUAUGGGUACAUGUGGUGGCUCAGUAUCGGUGCUCUUGUAGGUCUGUCCAUCGCCGCGGUUGUCCUCUUGGCCUUCCUCAUCACCGUGUGCGUCCUCUGCAUCCUCUUCAUCAACACCAAACCCAGUCGGCUGGACAGCGGCCUUCCUCUCAGAGAGCCAGGAUGUGAGCCGAGUCCCGCCCCCAGCCAUUCCGCCGGCCCUCAGGGUUUCCACAAACAUUUCCCGAGCAGCAAACUGCACUGUGCCGAGCAGCGAGGCGAGCCCGAGCGUCUGUUUCAGCCCUGCUUCAGGGUCACCAUGGCCAGAGUGAAUGCUGAAGGACCCUCGUAAGAGCCGGGUCCAGGAGGGACUAGAUUCAGAGGAAGAAUCCAAUCACGCUCCUACUGGAGGACUUCCUUUUUUCCAUUUCAGACUGACUGAAGAGUCAUGAAACACGACACAAAUGACAGAGUGCUGAAGUCAGAGAGGACUGGAACCUGAGAUCGAGACAGAAAUUUAUUCCGUUGUGAAACAUUAUCUGUUUUUUUGCUUUCAGGCUCAGGAUUCCUGCUCGAUCACGGAUCCUGAGACACUCUCACUGACACUGUCUCUCAGAGGCUUCUUUUCAGCCGGAGAGACAGGAAUAAAAGGAGGAAUGCUGCUGGAGGUCAUGCUACAGAAUAGUAUUAGAGCUCUGUCUGAUACUAAUGCCACUAAAGAUCAAUAGAUCAUACUAGGCACAUAUAUCAUUUGAUUAAUGAACUAUUUAUUAACUAUUUAUAAUCAUAUAUCCCAGGUUUUAACAUUCUAAAUAGUUGAAUUUGCCCCUUGCAUCUCUGUGAGCUCAUUCAUGCGCAAUAAAAAAUAAUAAAAAAAAUCAGUUUUAUAUAUAUAUUAUUGGAUCAUUCAUAUGAUAUAUAUGUGGAUUUA